AUGGAUGGGCUGGAGGACUCGGUCACUCCGGAUGCGGCUCCCACGGUAGACCGAAAUUAUUUGAGACGUCAAUUCAACGGUCUCAAUCAUAGGCUGAUCUCUUACAUGGAUCGCGUCAAACAGGAAGAGACCCUCCUGACAGAGGCGAGGGCUGAGCAACGACUCAUCCGAGAUCACUCGGUGACGGUCCGGGACACGCGGGCCCAGCAGCUUGAAAUACUUCAACGCGAAGUCGAUGAGCAGGUUCGCCGAGUUGUCGCUGCUGAGAAAAAACAAGCUCGGUCGGAAAAGAGGGUCGAGUACCUUACCGAAGAGUGUAAGCACCUCAGAGACGAGAAUCUUUCCCUAGAUCAGAGAGGAGCCGUUCUUGAGCGAGAUCUGGUCUCGGAGAGUAUCGAGCUCCGGAGCGCCAAACGGGAGAUUGCCCAACUUCGAGAAAGAGUCAAGCGCGACCGGGAGCAGGGGGAAGUUGCCGGUAGGGACUUCGAAAGGCUGAAGAUCGAGCAUGCAAGGCUAUUGGCGCGCAUGGGAGUCGCGAGUCUGGAACUCACCAUGCAAGAGACCAAGACCAGUGAGACGGAGGAAAAGCUUCGGUUUACCACCGCAGACCUCAAGAGAAAACUCCACGAGCAACGAGCUCAGCUCGAGAGGCUGGGGGUUGAGGAGCUCGAAAAGAUGCAACACGAACACCGGGCCGAACUACUUCGUUUGAAGGCGGGGCAUCAUGCCGAUAGGCGAAGUACGUCGAUCUCGAACACUACCGUGGAUGCUCACGCUGAGCUUGGAGAUCAGCUGGAAAAAACCUAUAGGAAGCUUGGGGAAUCGCAAGCCAGAUUGCGGGAUUGUGAGGAAGAAACACGGGUCGCGGAGGAACGCCUGCUCGAAGUUGUCCUGAAUCAUGAAAAGGAAAUGGCGAGGAAGCGCAAGCGUCGAGAGCGUCUCAGCGAGCGCUUGAUUGUACAGGAAAAGGACAACAAGGCUAUUCGUCGAGAGCUUGAAAAUUACAGGAAACUUAUCGACUGUCUCGAUAUCACGGAGGGUCUAUCGAUUGCGACUCCGAUCGGUGCCAAGCGUAGCCGCCUCGCUCCGGAUCUUGAAACUAAGUCUCACGCUUUGGAGGGGAUGCGGGAAGUUCCGAAGACGCCUCUCCUUGAAACCCGCAUGGUUCCCGGGCGUCGAGCGCUGGAACCCGUUCGACGAAUCUCGAAGACACGGGCCACUUGA